CGUGUGUUGACGCGCGGUAUCCCCUGACAACCGUCUGGGGAAAACAGGAAUCUUUUCUCUUCACCUCUGGGCAGACAGACGCGGCCAGCCAUGUCUACCAGGGCUACCGACCCUAACAAGCCUCGGAUGCUGAGGGUAUCUGACGCACGCCGGGCGCUCCAGAGCCUUCUCCUGGGGGCAGAGAUGGCUCACAAGGCUGACAUCCAAACAUACAGCUGUGGCCACCUGAGCCCUUACGCCCUGAGCCAGAACCAGCCCCACCGGAGGAGGACAGAGGAACCAAUCUGGGAGAUGUCUGAGGUCCAGGACAGAGAGAAGGGUGAGGAGGAAGGCCUGAGUCCCUGUCCUUUUACGCAACGCCUCCAGAGACAAACCAAGAUGGCCGCCAACAUCGAGAAGAUGACGGAAGCCAUGUUUGACUUCACUGUCGCCAAGGGGCUAAAACCUACAGUCUUGAAGCCUGGGCAGCAUGAGAGCCUUACUGGCACACAGAGAGGAACGAAGGGAGAGGAAGGAGAAGAAAGAGAGAGGAGGAGGAAAACAAGGCUCAAGAUGGUUCUGGACACCUCUGAGCUCUUCCUGGUCAAACCCAGCAUAGCAUCACAGACAAAACCUCCUGGAGGUGUUGAGGGGAACCAGGACAGGUACUGGUUCACUCAGUCUCACCUGGGGGGCCUGACUAAGAAGGACCAGAUGAGGAUGAUGAGACACUUUGACAGACGGGUGUUGAGGAAGCAGGACCUCAGGGACAGGAACUGGAUCAGCGGGAACAAGGCUGCUGAGGUCUACGAGUGGAAGCUAGAGAAGGAGCUGAGGAGGCUGUCAGACCAGAGCUGUCCCAGUAGAGACCGCCUGGGGGUGUUCAGUGACGUCUUCAACAACGUCUGUGAAGGCUCGCCAGUAUUCAGAGACAUCCUCAGGGAAAUCAAGACAGACUAUGAUCUGUACCUCAACUCUAUUCUGGACUCCCAGACAUCUCUCGAGGACUUGUCUGAGCUGGCUCUGCUGGGUGGUCUGGCCAUUGUAGGGGCAGAGGAUCUGGAGGAAGCUGGCAACGAGGUGUCCAAGCUGGGAGAGGAGGCGCAGAGGGCCCUGGAGGAGAAUGACAGAGUCAGGAAUCAGUUUCAGAACCUACGUGACAGAGUCAUGGAAAUCCCAGAUGAUGAAGGGCUCCAUAAGGAGGCCACUCUGCCAGGGCUGUUGAGGCCAGGUGAAGGGCCGAUCUCCUUUAUAGAUCGUGUCCAGCCUAAGAGACGUCAGGUGUGGAUAAUGUGGGAGGAGGUCCAGCUGCUGCAGAAGGAACUCAAGGAGAAGAUGGUGUCCAUCAUCACCACAGGAGCUACAGAGAGAUGCAUCAGAGACUCUAAGGGAGAGAUCAUGAGACUACUGGCCUCAAAUGAACGCUUCAGAAACACCAACAAGGAUCUGGAAAGCAACCUCAACAUGAUCCUGAACAGAGUGACAACAAGCGAGGAUGUGAAAGCGGAGGUGUGGGACAAAAUAUGGACAGCCCUGCGACACGAGGACGAUAGAACACAACCUCUAGUAAAUUAGUAGCGUUUGGAACAGUACCUCUUUUUGUCCACUAGGGGGUAGUGUUUAACAAGCUGACCUGAAGGUCAUUACUAGAUAUUAUGGACGGGAUGAUUACUCAUUCGCCAAGCCUCACAUCAUUUUUAAUCAUUGUUAUUCGAGCUGACAUUAAAAUAUCUCCGAUGGUAACAGAAGUACGAUGGCAUUAGUUACAACAGCAACAACCACACUGUAUGUAGUCCUCACAAGAGUCAAUUGUGCUGUAGCGACAUCAUUGAAAUAUCUUAUUUGACUUAUCAGACUAUUUAAUAGUCUUUUAACAAUAAAGAUAUAAUUGAGGAUGUGGUUAAAUGUGGUGAUGAUUAUAGUAAAUAUGGCUUUGAUGUCAUACAAGCAAACCAUACAACCGCCGAUCCAACGUGAUUUGAUUUGACUAUUUAUCCUUUUACUAUAUAAUCUGAGUCCAAUCCCUUGGCUGUCCACAUCCUACCAGUCCAGACGUGUCCACGUCAUCACACCUAUCAUCACCUGCAGUCUACUGCUGUGCACAAAUACACACAGAUCAAUCUUCUCCACAUAGGCAGUAUAUACUGUUCUGUUGCUAAAGGUCUGCUAUCUGAUAUUCAUUCUGUCACAAAAGAUUGUAGAUUCUAGACCAGGGCACUCCAGCCCUGUUCCUGGAGAGAGAUCCUCCUGUAGGUUUUAACUCCAGCCCUGUUCCUGGAGAGAGAUCCUCCUGUAGGUUUUAACUCCAACCCUGUUCCUGGAGAGAGACCCUCCUGUAGGUUUUAACUCCAGCCCUGUUCCUGGAGAGAGACCCUCCUGUAGGUUUUAACUCCAACCCUGUUCCUGGAGAGAGACCCUCCUGUAGGUUUGAACUACAACCCUGUUCCUGGAGAGACCCUCCUGUAGGUUUUAACUCAAACCCUGUUCCUGGAGAGACACUCCUGUAGUAGGUUUUAACUCCAACCCUGUUCCUGGAGAGACCCUCCUGUAGGUUUUAACUCCAGCCCUGUUCCUGGAGAGACCCUCCUGUAGGUUUUAACUCCAACCCUGUUCCUGGAGAGAGACCCUCCUGUAGGUUUUAACUCCAACCCUGUUCCUGGAGAGAAACCCUCCUGUAGGUUUUAACUCCAACCCUGUUCCUGGAGAGACACUCCUGUAGGUUUUAACUCCAACCCUGUUCCUGGAGAGAUACCCUCCUGUAGGUUUUAACUCCAACCCUGUUCCUGGAGAGAGACCCUCCUGUAGGUUUUAACUCCAACCCUGUUCCUGGAGAGAGAUCCUCCUGUAGGUUUUAACUCCAACCCUGUUCCUGGAGAGAGACCCUCCUGUAGUAGGUUUUAACUCCAACCCUGUUCCUGGAGAGAGACCCUCCUGUAGGUUUUAACUCCAACCCUGUUCCUGGAGAGAGACCCUCCUGUAGGUUUUAACUCCAACCCUGUUCCUGGAGAGAGACCCUCCUGUAGGUUUGAACUACAACCCUGUUCCUGGAGAGACCCUCCUGUAGGUUUUAACUCAAACCCUGUUCCUGGAGAGACACUCCUGUAGUAGGUUUUAACUCCAACCCUGUUCCUGGAGAGACCCUCCUGUAGGUUUUAACUCCAGCCCUGUUCCUGGAGAGACCCUCCUGUAGGUUUUAACUCCAACCCUGUUCCUGGAGAGAGACCCUCCUGUAGGUUUUAACUCCAACCCUGUUCCUGGAGAGAAACCCUCCUGUAGGUUUUAACUCCAACCCUGUUCCUGGAGAGACACUCCUGUAGGUUUUAACUCCAACCCUGUUCCUGGAGAGAUACCCUCCUGUAGGUUUUAACUCCAACCCUGUUCCUGGAGAGAGACCCUCCUGUAGGUUUUAACUCCAACCCUGUUCCUGGAGAGAGACCCUCCUGUAGGUUUUAACUCCAACCCUGUUCCUGGAGAGGGAUCCUCCUGUAGGUUUUAACUCCAACCCUGUUCCUGGAGAGAGACCCUCCUGUAGUAGGUUUUAACUCCAACCCUGUUCCUGGAGAGAGACCCUCCUGUAGGUUUUAACUCCAACCCUGUUCCUGGAGAGAGACCCUCCUGUAGGUUUUAACUCCAACCCUGUUCCUGGAGAGAGACCCUCCUGUAGGUUUUAACUCCAACCCUGUUCCUGGAGAGAGACCCUCCUGUAGGUUUUAACUCCAUGUCAUUUAAACAAAAUAAUAAAAUGUGAUGUGAUGA